AUGCUUCCAACUAUCUUCGCCGCCACCCUGGCCCUCAUCGCCGGCACCAAUGCCGUAGCCGUUGCUCAAGGCGCCGCCCAGCCAGAGAGCGAGCUCAUCAACGGCAACCGCAAAGUUUGCGCUUUCGACGAGACUCUCGGUCCAAGCCUUCUCGUUGCCUCCGUCAAAGUCCCCUCCCAAGAAUCCGAAAUCAACGCCUGGGCCUACGGCAUCAACUGGUGCACCUCCUCCAACCUCGUCUCCAAGGGCAAAAACUUCUGCACAGGCCGCGGAGUCGAGUACCUCCACGUUCCCCUCACCGACAAGUUCGGUGCCCAAGACGACCGUGACUGCUACGCGAACUUCAAGGUGGAGUUUGUGGGUUGCCCCGAUGAGGGAAAUGAUUACACCAAUGUUACUGCCAAGUUCACGUCUACAUCGGAUGGCUCGAGCUUUGAGUACCAGUGUGUCAGUGAUCGGGAGCUGCAUGGUUGUGUUUACAAUGGACAGCUGCAGCCGCCCAGCGAGGCUAGUUAUACUGCGUUCUUGACUUGCGGUAUCACCGCUGAGCCCUAG